AUGCCGAAGGGAUCUGUAUUCUCGAUUCCUGUCUACAAUAUUCAUCACGAUCCACUAUUCUAUGAAGAGCCGGAGGAGUUUAGACCCGAAAGGUGGGACCCGGAAGAAAAAGCAAAGCGAGACCCGCUCACCUUCCUCCCAUUCGGCCAUGGCCCGAGGAAUUGCGUUGGAAUGCGUGUGGGUCAAUUCCAAAUGCGUUCCGCCCUCGUCCACCUCAUUCGACGAUUCGAGUUUUCGAUUGCCGACGGAUCGCCAAAUUCGCUGCCCCUCCGCAUCGACACCCGUGGCUCGUUCCGGACGGAAGACGUGCUAUUUGUUGAUGUUCAACAACUCCCAGUCGAAGAA